AUGCAUAAGAUUUUUGUAUAUGGAACUCUGAAACAAGAACAGCCAAACUACCACAUUAUGACAGAUUCUAAGCAUGGAAAAGCAUUAUUUAAAGGCAGGGGACGUACUGUGGACAAGUAUCCUUUGGUCAUUGCAGGGAACACUAACAUUCCAUUCCUCUUAGAAGUCCCAGGAACAGGUCAUCGUAUUGCUGGGGAAAUCUAUUCAGUUGAUGACCAGAUGCUACAAUUCCUGGAUGAAUUUGAAGGCUGCCCAGACAUGUACCAACGCACUAUUAAGAGGAUUGAAAUAUUGGAGUGGGAAGGUAAAGAUGACUCACCUGAGAAGAGACCAGCUGCUAGCACCAUAGAGUGCUUUGUCUACAGCACGACAAGCUACAAGCCAGAGUGGCUUAGUCUAACUUCCCAUGACUGUUAUGAUUCCUAUGGGGCACAUGGAUUGCUUUACAUUAAUCGUCUGGACAGAUAA